GUGAAGCCAGCGUGUCCUGUUUCCAGCCUAAGCGAACAGUUGGUUGUUAGUACAGCAAGAUACGAUUAGGUUGAAUGCAAAGACGCAAAUCUUUAGGAACGGGGUCGGCACUUACGAGCUCCGUCCUUUUAGAUGACAAAGCAGCCAACUGAUUUCGGGCUCGAUAUCGACUCCGUUCCAUGGACGACGAUAGGCUCUACUAGUCAUUUCCUGCUAAACACCGUUUAUCUCCGUGGCUUGUUCAGUGACAAUACAGUCAGACCUUGUUCACGGGCCACCCUGAAGGUACUGAUCCCUCAAUCCUUCUUGGAAAUAGGCACCAACGCUCUCUUAGCUGUUUUCAUUCUGGGGUCCAGUACCUAUCAGGGCCAUGGAAGAUCGGCGGGCAUGGAGAAUUCAUCGGUGAUGCCCGAGGCCACUGUGCCAAUCGUGAAUUCGCCCCGACCUGUCAUCUUACCUGAGUGCCAUCAUGUGCAUGUAUGUACAGUACACCAUCAACUAUAUUUGCUAUCAGUGACAAGACCAGCGCCUUAUACAACCUUGAUGCAUAUACUGCCAUUGGAGAACAUGGCCAAUGAUCUGUCCAAUCAUGUUGGAGGCUCCAUGACACUCGAUAAACAAAAUGCUAUAUUCCUCUGACUCGCUAGGAUUGGAGUCUAAUGAUGGUGAAUGAUGCACGAUAAGCCGGGACCGACCUCCUUGAACUCCGAUCCUGUUGGGAG